GCAAGGCACAUUCAUUCGCUAAUAAGAGAGAGAGGUGGGGAAAGGGAGAGACACACAAGGAAAAGGGGACCAAAGGAAACCCCCAACGCGUGCACGCUUGUUGCCUGGCUGUGUUCUGUCGACACAAGCGAGUCGGCCUCGGUUUUUGCAGCCGACGGUACGGAAAACGAAGACUGAGGAACUGAGGAAGUGAGUGUCGAUCUAAAGAGCGGAAAAGAGGCGGCUUCACAAGACUCAGGGAGGGGUUGGACAAGAAGCGAAGCAAGAUGGAAAGCGGAGGUUCCCCUCCCCAGAUAAGCGGCUACCUUCAGAAGAAGGCCAAGACAGGCAAGUGGCAGAAGAGAUGGUUCGAGACCAACGCGCACUACCUCACCUAUUACAAGUCGAAGAAGAUGGAGAAGCUCCUGGCGGCGCUUAACCUGCCCCAGGUGGGAGAGAUCCGAUUGGUAGACCCAGAUGACGAGUCGUACGAGGAGGAUAACGACGGCUCUCUCUUCACCAUCGAGCUCAACGAUCGCGUUUACACCAUGAAGGCAUCCACGAGGGAAGAGGCCGCUCGUUGGGUUGAGGUGUUGAAGGUGUUGCAGACUAUGGAGGAAGAGGAGAGCAAGACCACGGAGGACCCGACAGCUUCCAUGAUGAGAAAUGCGCCGAGGUCCACUCCAGUCACUCCCGGCACCGCUACAAGGAGCGCGGACGCCUGGAGUAAGGAGCCGGCGUGCUGCGGUCUCUGCGCUUGUUUCAGUGCCAACUAGAACAACUUAGCAGACCCACCCCAAUUCGAUUUCCGGUUUGUUUUUUGUUCUUUUUGUGUAUUGCGGACGGCGAAAAGGGGUGGCUGGCGGUUGUGGACCUUGUUGGUGGACAAGCAGGCGAUUUCGGUUGUUUUGUGACCGCGAGAGGCGUGCGGCUAGUAUGUUUUUGAAGUAGGGGAGUUCGCAAACCGCAGUAUUUGUGGUUACACCCGAUUAAGGGUGUGUAGGGGGAGGGGACCACGCGAGAGUUACCGAUAUGAGUAGGACAAGCGGGAACGGUGCGAGGACAGCUGGCGAUCCGGCUGCGAGUGUCCUGGCCGCUGUCAACAGGGGUUACUUCUGCCCUCUGAAACGGUCUUCGAGGUUUCUGGAGAGACGCUGCACCCUCCCUUCGUUAUCCUCCAGAGGCCCGUCGGUGGGCAUGAUGACGAUGUAGGUUUCGUUAGGGAGGCUCUGAGGCGUUUAUUGCUGCGCUUGAGGGAAAUGCAGGAGAUCCAGGUGCGAAGGUCAUCGAACGUCGCCACCGGGUCCAAGUUGUUUCUUCGAGGCGGAAGCGUUUUUUUUUAGGUUCCUUGCAUUCUGCUAAACGUCGAGUCCUUCGAGUUUGUAUCCAUGAGGUCAGCCGUGGAAUCUCGCCCAGUUGUCAGUCAAGGCAGUUAUGUGGCCCAGGACUGAACAGUACGGUCAUUGUUUUUCACCAUAUGCAAACGUGCACUACUGUGUUGUGGAUGACCUUGUCUUCAGUUUACAUGAAAAAAAAGGAAGCGGUUUGGUCCAAACCGCACGAUUUCUGUUUGUAUAGGUUCGAAGUCUGGGCGCUUUUCCCUUUUCCAUGCACUCAGUCUCGACGAGCAUUGAAUUGAAUGACUUCGAUCGGCCGUGAGACCCGUCGACAGCAAACGGUUUUCGGUGUUGUGCUUGUUCGAGGACCACGGAACGAAAAAAGACUGCUGCGCGUGCAAUCAAGCACACCAAGGGGUCGAUCGAUGAAUUGUUGAUCGCUCGGUAAGAUCUCGUCAAGAAUCACUUCCCUCUAGAGAGAAAAUUAGUCUGGUGACAACCGUAGUCAUCUUGAAAAACGCGC